AGGAUAUCCUGGAAUUCCAGCUGACGUCCAUACCCAGCCAUUGUGCAAAUACAGAGGUAUAAAGGGACCUUGCCUUACCUGGGCCUGGGGGAGAGACGGCGACAAGGACACCCGCUUCAAGGCAUCAACAGGAGCCACCAGCCAGAAGCAUGCAUGGCCUUCCAUUACUGUGCUCCCUCCUUUUCUGCAAUGGCCUAAUGGUAGCUGCACAGGAAAAGGUUCAGAAGCCCCCCAAAGAAGAGGAGGAAAGCCCCGGUCAGAUACGGAUCCCACAGACUCUCUCUCGAGGCUGGGGAGAUGACAUUGAGUGGGUGCAGACAUACGAAGAAGGUCUAGCACGAUCAAAACACAGCAAGAAGCCACUGAUGGUUAUUCACCACUUGGAAGAGUGUCCUUACAGCCAAGCUUUGAGGAAGGCAUUUGCUUCCAGCCCAGAGAUCCAGCAGAUGGCCCAGGAGGACUUCAUCAUGCUUAAUCUGGUGCAUUCCAGCAGCGAUGACAACAUGGCACCUGAUGGCCAUUACGUCCCUAGGAUCCUCUUUGUGGACCCUUCUAUGACAGUUCGAGCUGAUCUAACUGGCAAAUACGGGAACAGGAUGUACGCUUACGAACCAGAAGAUAUUUCGACCCUGAUUGAAAACAUGAGACAAGCAAAGCUGCUUCUGCACACAGAGCUCUGAGCAAGGAGCACCAAUGACCUGCACACACAAAAGCUGGAGGGAGCAGCCCCAGGAGCACUGAGGAACACUGCAAAGCAGACGUGAGCUGUCCUUGUACCUUCCCUCAGAGAUGUUUACAGAGAAGCUACAUUCCCAAGAACUCUGUGCAUCCCACAUCCAAUAGAUGCACGGAAUGAAUCAUUACCCAUUUAUUCUUAAGAAACUGUUUACCUCAAUGACUUUACAUUUAUUAAUAGAAAAGAAUUUUGUCUACAAACACUUCUUUACCCAAUUAUAAGUUUGAAAAGGAUACUUACUGACAUUAUAAAUGCAUUUUCUAGGUUUGCCCUGUGACUGACUAGCUUACUUGUACAUGUAGAAAUUGUACUGUGGAAAAACGACUGCUCUUUUCUAAAUCACAAAUCUUUUAGUUUGGGGUUAUUUCCUCAUUUCCACAAAGGAGCAGAAGAAGUUACUGAAAAAA